UUUCUUUUCUCUCUCCAUCGACAGCACCGAAGGAUCGAUUCCUUCCAUAACACAGACAUUAAUUGUAUUGUCUUGGUAAUGGCAUCAGUUUCCGCCGCCGCGAUGGCGAUGCCGCUCCCUCGGGCGGGCCACCGGAAGCCGCAGUUCAGCUCCGACGCCUUCUUCCACCCACUGAGGUUCCCAGCCCGGGUUGCAGCGUCUUCUAAGAUGAGAGCGAGCAUCCGGGCGUCAUCGGUGAGGGAGAAGGCGGUGGCUGGUCUGACAGGAGCGGCGGUGGCGGCAGCCAUGUUGAUACCGGACUUGGCAGAGGCAGCCCAGCCGGGGAUCUCACCAUCACUCAAGAACUUCCUCCUUAGCAUUGUGGCCGGUGGAGUUGUGCUCGGCGUCAUCGUCGGGGCUGUCAUCGGCGUCGCCAACUUUGAUCCCGUCAAGCGGAGCUGAAAACAGUGCUAUGGUACGAAUUAUAUUAACGUACGUAUGUUCCAAAGUUUCUUUGCUUGCUCUUCCAUGCCAACUUUGUCAGGCAAGUCGUUGUAUCAUGAGCUUUACCUUUGUAAUUUGGCAUCCUUCUAUAAAAUUUCAAAGCCGUUGUUUCUAGGCUCUUGCUGCUGCUU